UAGGACGCGCGAGCCAUUGGGUGGAGUGGAGCAGCCUCGCGUGCUGCGGAAUACACAUUCAGUAGGUCGUGCAGUUUUUGCAGAUGCAGGUCGCUGAGUGUGAGCUCGAGGUAGAGGGGGAAAUGGCGAACGGGCGCGGGCGGCAGUGCGCCUUGUGAGGAUACAUUAAAAACUCCGGAGCGGUGGCAGGCGGUAGCUCGAGGACAGACAGGAGCAGGAGGGGGACCAUGGAGGACUCGGAGCCCGCAGAGGACGGCUUGCUCGCGGGUUUACGAUGGAACCGGAGCGCACGAGACCAGGCUCAGCUGAAACACAAAAUCCGGGAUCUGCCUGGACUACUGAAGCACGGGCUGCACCUGCGGAAGAAGAGCCAAUCACCUGACACGAUACCCGGACCAAGUACUGGACCAACAGUUAACAAGUCUUGUUCCCAGAGUUUUCCAUGCGCUGGUCGGGCUGUGAGGAAUGCCUUCCUCUCUCAUGGACCGUACCCGGCUAAAGACAAGAUACACCUUGCCAGAAUCAUACGGCGUAGCUACGUGGGUGUGGAGCUGGUGCAGUGGCUGUGUGAGCAGUGUGUGUAUGUGCGCUGUCGGACUACUGCUGUGCGUGUCUGGCAGGUGCUGCUGGAGCUGGGAGUCCUGCUGUCUGUGGACCAGCGGGUGGUGUUUUCAGACUCAAACUCUUACUACCAGUUCAGCUUUGAGGAGUGUGACUCCGCCUCCUGUGACUUUCGCCGCAAUGAAGGGGAGUGGUCCGAGGCGGUUAGGCUCCUCCUACAACUCGCCCCGUACGUCCAGUUUCGCUCUGGAGGCGGGGCCAACAGCCCGUCAGAGGAGGACUCUGAAGGCAACAGGGACAUCUGCAGUGAGAUUCUCCAGAUGAAAGCUCUUGAGAGGCUCACUUCUACGGUACAAUGUGAGCUGGCAGCUGCUCUUGCCCGAAAGACUCGUAAAGCUUUAUCAGAGCAGGACUCUGAGACGACAGAGACGAGCCAACAUGAGCCUCGCACACCCAGCGAGGAGAGCAGCCCGCUGGGCGGAGUGUGUGCGCUGCGGGAUGGCGGGGGCAGCGGCGGCGUUGGUGGAGGAAAGGGUGGAGGAAUGGGGACGGUGUGCGGCCGCGAGGAUCUGACCAGCCGGCUGGGGCUGGAGGCCGUUCAGCGGCUGGCCAAGGACGGCUGUCGGCUGCUGCAGAACCACAACUACCGGCUGCCAGACAGGAACCAGGCGGAGGCAGUGGGGAGGGUGUGUCUGAAGGAGAGAGGACGGGACGUGUUGGUGUUGCGGAGAGUGACUUCCUCAGUGACGUCGCCAUCGGACCGGCCUUCGCCCACAUCGUCAGGGGGCGGGUCCAGAGAGGAGGACUGUGACAAGAGGUAUGUGGUGGUGUCCGGGACGCCCCUCAAGAUCUUGGAGCAUCUGCUGAGUGACCUGCGGCUGGACGACCAAAGAGGGGCGCCAGAGAGCAGGGAGAGCGAAACGCUGCUGGAUGACUUCCUGUUAACAUACCUGGUGUUCAUGUCCACCAAUGACCUUUGCCAGGCUCUGCUCGGACAUUAUAGCAGUGCCCGCUGCAGGGGCCAAGAGGAGGGUAAAGACGCCCUCUUUAGGAAGCGCAAGGUACUGCAGCUGGUCUCCCACUGGAGCAGGCUCUACAAGGACUUCCUGAAAGAAGAGGAGCACGUCAGGAGCUUCAUGAAGACCCUGUAUAGGUGUGUUUUAGAAGAUCUGUACGAGUUCCCCACGCUUGAGAAGGACCUGAAGGAGUUCCAGAAACUUCUGCGUCGCCGACACACUGUCGAUGACUGCCCUCCAAACCAAAAGAGUAAACAAAUGUAUCAGCAGUUGAGUUUGAAGGAAAACUGUUUGCAACCCCGAAGUCCUUCGACCGAUACUAGAGAGGUUAUUUGCUGUGUGUACGUGAGCGCUGACUCAUACCUGAGUGUCCACACACACCCGUCACUGGAGGCCCAUGAGCUGCUAAGGAUUGUGGGUCUGAAGAUGGACAGGACAGAAGAAGACAUGGUGCUUGCUGUGGCAUCGCACACUGGAGAGCGGAGGGUGUUACAGCCCAGUGACUGUGUGUAUUCAGAGUCUCUGACCCCACAGGGAAAGCUGGUGGUCUGUCGCAGGGAUCUCAAUGAGAUUAUGCCUCCCUUAACGGACAGUGCUGAGCUAAGCAGGAGGACGGUGCGACUCUUAGGUAUUAACACCUGGGAUGUGGCAGCUGCUCUCACACACCUGGACUGGAGCCUGUUCAAAUCCAUCCACGAGCAAGAGCUGGCGUACUACACCCUGAGCCGUGUGCCCGGUACCGGCCACACGGCGGCGCUCUCCGUCCUGCUGCAGCGCUGCAACGAGGUUCAGCAGUGGGUCAUGUCCGAGGUGCUCAUGUGUGCAUCGCUCAACAAGAGAGUACAGCUGCUCAAGAAGUUCAUCAAGAUCGCAGCUCAUUGUAAAGCCCAAAGAAAUUUGAACUCUGCAUUUGCCAUCAUUAUGGGGCUUAACACAGCAGCUGUCAGUCGACUCAACCAAACCUGGGAGAAAUGUCCAGGGAAGUUCAAGAAGAUUUUCUCAGAGUUGGAGCUCAUCACGGACCCAUCUCUGAACCACAAAGCCUAUAGAGAAGCCUUCAAGAAGAUGAAGCCUCCCAAAAUCCCUUUCAUGCCUCUUCUCCUGAAAGAUAUCACAUUUAUCCACGAGGGAAAUAAGACUUUCCAUGACAACCUGGUCAACUUUGAGAAGCUGCACAUGAUCGCAGACACAGUGAGAAUGAUUCGGCACUGCCAAAGCGACCAGCCAGGCAACGAGGUUAUCGGGGUCGACAGUGCGGACGUGAGGGCGAGCGUUCACUACCUGCACAUUAUCGACAAUCAACAGACGCUUUUCGAGCUGUCCCACAAGCUAGAGCCGCGUGCUUAAAGACACACAAAACGCACGUACCUUCAAAGACACCAACACAACACACCGGACACAGCAAGAUGGAAUGCUAGCACCGGGAACGUGUGGCUUGGAAGACGCUUUGUACAGCAAAAUGCCAAACACUCAGGCAUACACUGCAACGAGAUCAGACUACCAGCAGUGGUGCCAAGUGGACAAUAAGGUGCCACAUGUUCUAAAAAAAACAACCUAUGAAGACAUAGAGCUGCACCGUUCUUAAACGGCUUUAUAACAUAGUGAAAUGUGUUUAUAAAGGAUUUACGGUCAAAGGAUUUAAGUUGUAAACACUGUCAGUUUGGCAAGUAUCCAAAGUUCAGAGAGAGAAGAGGACGCUGUAAGUAGUUUGUACAGUAUCUAUUGGACUGAAUAUGUUUUUGUGGUGAGCUUUUGGUUAUUUAUGAGCCUGUUUAGCAGCUGGAAUGUUCCUUUAUUUCUGUCUUUGAAGUCGCGUCCAUCCCCUGGAGGUCAUCAAGGACUUGACGGCCUCUUCAUCAGACACAAAGCCAACCAUGAAGAUAAGUUUAUAAUCUUUUAGCCACAAUCUACCACCUUAAUGGUCUCAUAUUUCAUCCUCAUAUCGCAUACCUGCCUGGUGAUGCACGUAUAUCCAGGAUACUUGCCUUAGUUGUUAGGUGUAUGAUGUGGAGCAUAUUUAUUUUUGCUAUUGUGUGGAUAGUAUGUAACACAAGCAGGAGUACAACACUAAAACAAACCUACAGAACAUCUUCUACCUGUUUUACACUAAGGCUCUGGCUUUUAACAAAACACGAGCGGCCUCAGUGAGUGAACAGUGUCUGGCAUGUGGAGAAAAGGUUUCUUUGGGACUGACUGACCUUGGAACCACUGAAGCUCUCAUGAACGUGGCCGACUUCCAAAACUGUUGGUGAAAUCUUGACAUUUUUUGUUCUCCUUGUUUUCAUUUUAAAGUCCUGGUUCACUUUAAGCCAACUGCUCCUCAUGCCCUCUUCUCUAUGAUGUUGUUGUGUGAUCAUAUCAUUUUAGAUUGUAUUUAAUAUGGACCUAUAUACUUUUUUCAGUGCCAAAUGUCACAUCAAGUCCUGCAGCACAGAGUUCCUGGUUUAUUAUGGUCACUAUUAUCAGUGUCUUUUUUGUUUUCACCACAGUGUCAUUUGCUUAACUAAGCCCCCAAACGAUUGGUCUGUUAUCAUGUAAAGCAGACCAGAUGUUUCUAGAUGAUUUUUGACAUUAUGAUGACUGAUAUCAGGGUCUGUGUGGUGGUUUUGGAUUAGGACAAACAGCCCUACUAUAUUUUUCUCUUUUUAAAUCCUUAUGUUAAAUUAUGUCAAGCGAUAAGCCAAGCACAUGAGGAGAUUUUGACUUUUUAUUCUUACUGACUGAAAUGUCCACAUUAUUCAGAAGUCUUGUGUAAACUCUGAAAACACAGGGUGUGGAAAGAAUAAAGGAGGCACAAGUGUGAUUUAGUAAAUAUGCCUGGUAGGAGUUUUACAGCUUUAUUUUUGCCUUGCAACCACUAACUAGUAUGGACUGAAAAUGUAUCUUCUCUGAACCAACAGAUCCUAAAUAUAUAUUCCUGUUUACAUUGCCCCGACUUGUGAAAAACAGGGACCAUCCUGAAAAGAAAUGAGGAGCAGCAUGAAGGGAAUCAUUUAGAAAUGAUAAAUUAGUUACAAUGACUCGUACAAAGAGACAUGCUUUAGAUCCACAACAUCAUCUGGCAAACUAUAAAUAAGUCUUUGUGUUUAUUUUGUCCCUGCCCUGUGUCUGUAAAACGCUUAGCCUGUCACAUCAGUGCUACAUUUCUGCUGAGUAGGAGAAAACAUCCAAAGGCGAGAUUCCUAAAUGUUAUGUUAGCGAUGCAUGUAUCGCAUUGUUUGGAUACUUUUAAAACACGGGCGGUAACGUGCAAUAGUAGAAGUAGUAGAAAUGUUGUUGCCACUAGUGUUAAUCAUCAUUUCAACACCAAGCCUUUCAGAGCACAGGGGCGUGUCUCCUCCAGAUCAUAAUUAACCGGUGGACUGGGAUUUCCAACUGUUUCAGUGCCAAAAACAUCUUUGGUUCAUAAAGAUCAGAGAUGAUUAAGGUAAAGACUCACUAAAUAUAAUGUGUGUGUUUUGAGAAGCUUAGUCAUUUUCUGUGCAAAGACUCGUUUGACGACUCUCAACCUGUUGUGUGUGUUGAGUCUUGAGAUCGAUCCUCUCCAGGAGUUGUUCAUAUCCACACAUCUACUCAAACUAUUCAAGAUUAUUAGGAUAAUAUUCAUAAAUUCUGAGAGUGGAUUUCCUCUUUAAAGUGAGACUAUGUAGCUUUUGCUGCAGACACUUUCUUCAGGCAGGUAUGGGAUGAUGCUAGUUGCUAAGCUGUUGUUAAUCAAUUUAGCAUUUAGCUAAAGACUAACCUCUGUAACAGUGGCACAUGUGGAAGAGUCAUGAGUCAGCAAACUGACUGUUUGUUAUAUAUAUUUAGUGACGUAAAGUUUUUCAACAAUAGCCACAAUGAGGCUUAUAGCUGCAACAAAACCCGGACUGUUGAAUUGGACAAUUAGUUGUUAAGCGUUUUAUUUAUAAGACCAACAAUGUGUUUUACUUCUCUUAAAAGAGUUACAAAGUCUCAUUUGAAAGAUGCAUUUUGUGAAGUCAGUGAUUCUGUAGAUCUAAUAAAUUAGAGCUGGGGUCUGUUCAUAUUCAGUGUCAUAGAGAGGCCUUGUGGUAGUCAUUUUAUACUAAAAACCUGUACAUGACGCACACAUGCACAAACACUCCUCUUUUCUUUGUGUUCAUAGAGCAGAAAUACUGUGUUAUAUUACCUAUUUAUUGUUUUAUGUAUUUUUGAGGUGACAAACGUUCAGGUGCCAGAGGUUCAGCAAAGUACAAGAGCAUUUUGAGAAGAAAAUAUGUUUAAGGUUUGAAUGCUCUAAUGUACCUGUUGUGUUUUGUGAUCACGCUCCUCUCUUUCCUCUGGUGCUGUAAUGGACAGGAAACCAACAGGAAGGUGUAUUUAGUGUUUUAACGGCCAUUCUGUGAAGUAAUUUUUUUUUAAAGCAAUGUUGUUUAAAACUUGUUUGCAUGUUAAAAUAAAAAAGUUCACAAUUCAAGAAAGGACACAUUGAAGGCUUUGUACUACUGUAAUAUUGUUUAUGUGUAAAUAUAUGCCCAUGUUUGGUAUGUAGUUUUCAGUUGUAAAUGAGAAGAAAAGUCAGACAGAAAGCAAUAUGUCUCUCCUUGUGUCCCAGCAACCUUCUUACAGCUGAAGCCACAUGACUUUUCUAAAGCAGUGUUUUACUACUUCAACAUUUGACUGAAAUGAAUAAAUCAUAGGUUUUAUGUGACAUCUCCAGGUGAGCUUGUGGUCCUUGUUGGGUAAUGUUCAUAUUCUUUGUAGUUGUGUGAAACUUAAAGUGUUUGCAAAGUGAACUUUACCAAUGUUUUGUGAUUGUACUUUGCACAGUAAAUAAUUGCGGAUGG